AUGGUUGAAGAGAAAACGAUUGGCGAAAAAGAGGAAGAUAUUGAGCUUGCGGGGAAUGAUUCUUCAGACGAUUCUGUGGAGAAUAACGAAGAAGAAGACGAAGAUGAAGCGGAAGCACAGAAUGAGGAACCUCUGACGGAAGAGGAGAUAGAAGAGCUCAUUUCUGAGCUUCUAGAAGUUGAGAGCAAAGCUGCGGAAGCUCAAGAAGCUCUGGAAGAGGAAUCUCUACUCAAAGUAGAGGCUGAUGUUAGGAAGGAGUUGGCUCAAUCUAGUUCUGGUGAUGAGUUGGACAAUGCUGUUGCAGAAGAGAUGGAGACACUUAAAGAAGAGUGGGAAGUGGUGCUUGACGAGCUUGAGACUGAGAGUGCUCAUUUGCUGGAGCAACUUGAUGGUGCUGGUGUCGACCUUUCGAGUCUCUAUAAGUGGAUAGAGAAGCAGGCUCCUAAUGGUUGCUGCACUGAAGCAUGGAAAAAUAGGACUCAUUGGGUUGGAAAUCAAAUGCCUAAUGAUGCCAGUGCAUCAGUUGCACAGGCGGAAGAGUAUCUCCAGGUCCACAGGCCUGUUAGAAGACGGCAUGGAAAGAUUUUAGAGGAGGGUGCCAGUGGUUUCCUAGAAAAAAAAGUUGUGGUAAGUGAAAGCAGCGGAGCUGGAAAUGAUGGUGUGAAUGUAGAUUGGGACUCUUUCAGCAAAAUGUGCUCUGGUAAGUCAUCUGCUGGAUUCGGCAGUAAGGAAUGGGCUUCUGUCUACCUGGCAAGCACUCCACAGCAGGCUGCUGAGUUGGGUCUGAAAUUUCCAGGAGUUGAUGAGGUGGAGGAGAUUGAUGACAUUGAUUGUACUUCGAGUGACCCAUUUGUUGCAGAUGCCAUAGCAAAUGAAGGUGAUCUGAAUCUUACCGAAGAACAAAUGAAAAACUUUAGAAAGGUUAAAGAGGAGGAGGACCUGAAUGCUGACCGUAAGCUUCAAAUACGGUUGAAACAAAGAAGACGUAGGAAGAAAAGCAAAGAGGAUGCUAGUAAGGGCGAACUUUCCUCAGUUCAUGAAUCUGUUGAAAAUGAUUUUGGAGAUCAAGAAGUAAUUAAUAAUUUGGAUGCUUUCUCUGGUGGGGUUCGUGGAGAGAAAGUUAUGAGUGGCACUAAUGCCUUUUUGAGUGAUGAUCCGACUCCCCUGGAUAUCGUUGAGCCAAGGGGUGUCAAGCGUUCCAGCGAACAGAAUGAAUUGGGCGAUAAAGAAUUUUGUACAAUUACUGUACACAGUGAUGAUGAAACUUCACUGGCUGGAAAUGGAUCGUCAAAUAUGGAAGAAGUUCCCAAGGCAGAAUUUCAAGUGGUCUCUUCUAGUUCAGAUUCUGAUUCAGAUGAUUCCGAUGCUAAUAUCAAUGUCAACACAAGCACUAGGAAGAGACGUAAAAAGAAAAUCCGAAGGAUCCUUGAUGAUGCUGAAUUGGGGGAAGAGACUAAGAAGAAAAUUGCAAUCGAAAAGGAACGUCAGGAGCGGCUGAAAUCUUUGGAAGCACGGUUUUCAACCAAGUCUGUUGCUAUGAGGUCCGCAGUCAGCAAUCGGAGUUCAUUUGAUGGCACUGGUGUAGAAAUGCUUGGUGAUGUUUCUGCAGGGUACAUAAUUAAUGUGGUGAGAGAGGAAGGUGAAGAUCCAAUAAAAAUCCCACCGAGCAUCUCGAUGAAAUUAAAACUCCAUCAGAUUCAAGGGAUUCGGUUUAUGUGGGAAAAUAUUAUCCAAUCUGUCCGGAAAGUGAAGUCUGGUGAUAAAGGGCUUGGUUGCAUUCUCGCUCAUACUAUGGGAUUGGGUAAAACUUUUCAGGUCAUUGCUUUUCUUUACACUGCUAUGAGAGGUGCGGACCUAGGUUUAAGAACUGCACUCAUUGUGACUCCAGUGAGUGUUCUACACAAUUGGCGACACGAGUUUAUGAAAUGGAGACCAUCUGAGCUAAAGGCUCUUCGUAUCUACAUGCUCGAAGAUGUUCCAAGGGAGAAAAGGGUUGCGUUACUGAUGAAGUGGAGAAUUAAAGGUGGUGUCUUCUUAAUUGGAUAUAGCGCCUUCCGGAAUUUGUCCCUAGGAAAGUAUGUUAAGGACAGAGACAUGGCUCGGGAAAUUAGUCAUUUACUUCAGGAGGGACCGGAUAUCCUAGUGUGUGAUGAGGCACACAUUAUCAAAAACACCAGGGCUGAUACAACCCAGGCUUUGAAACUAGUGAAGUGCCAGAGAAGGAUUGCACUAACUGGAUCACCUCUUCAGAACAAUCUGAUGGAAUACUAUUGUAUGGUUGAUUUUGUUAGAGAAGGAUUUCUUGGUAGCAGCCAUGAGUUUAGGAACCGUUUCCAGAAUCCAAUAGAAAAUGGUCAACAUGCCAAUUCUACUGCAGAAGAUGUGAAAAUAAUGAAUCAAAGAUCUCAUAUUCUGUACGAACAAUUAAAAGGAUUUGUUCAAAGGAUGGACAUGAAUGUGGUUAAAAAGGAUUUACCUCCCAAAACUGUGUUUGUUAUCACUGUGAAGCUAUCCCCAUUACAGAGAAAACUCUAUAAGAGAUUUCUUGACGUUCAUGGUUUCACAAAGGACAAGAUAUCUGGUGAAAAGAUUAUUAAAAGAUCUUUUUUCGCAGGGUACCAGGCAUUGGCACAGAUAUGGAAUCAUCCUGGAAUUUUGCAACUGAGGAAAGAAAACAAAGACUCUGCAAAAUGUGAAGAUGUAGAAGCAUAUGACAGCUCAAACGAUGAAAUUGUUGACUACAAUGUGAUCUCUGGAGAGAAGCUGAUAAAUCCACCCCGGAAAAAUGAUAAUGGAUUUCUUCGUGAGGAUUGGUGGAGGGAUCUUCUUAUUGAAGGUACUUAUAAGGAGGCCGAUCAAGGUGGAAAGAUGGUUUUGCUGCUUGAUAUCCUCAAAAUGUGCUCGAGUAUGGGUGACAAGGCAUUGGUGUUCAGUCAGAGCAUACUAACAUUGGACUUGAUCGAACGUUACCUUUCAAAAUUUCCUCGUUCGAAGAAAACUGGAAAAUUUUGGAGAAAGGGGAAGGAUUGGUACAGGUUAGAUGGCAGGACGGAAAGUUUGGAGAGACAGAAAAUUGUUGAAAAGUUCAACGAUCCUUCAAAUAGAAGAGUCAAAUGCACUUUAAUAUCAACUAGAGCUGGAUCCUUGGGUAUUAAUCUUCAUGCAGCUAACCGAGUAAUUAUUGUCGAUGGAUCUUGGAAUCCGACGUACGAUCUUCAGGCUAUCUAUAGGGUCUGGAGGUAUGGCCAAACGAAGCCUGUUUUCGCAUACCGGUUGCUCGCACACGCUACAAUGGAAGAAAAAAUUUAUAAACGACAGGUCACUAAGGAAGGCCUCGCAGCAAGAGUAGUUGACAGACAGCAGGUACACAGAACAAUGUCAAAAGAAGAGAUAUUACAUCUGUUUGAAUUUGGGGAUGAUGAAAAUGUCGACAUCAUGUCUGAGCUGGCACAAGAUAUUGGAGCUGCUUCUGAACCAAACACCAUUGGUCAUGUUGGGAACUUAUUGAAGCAGAAAACAUCACUUCCAAAUGGAAGUGCAUCUUCGGACAUUUUGAUCAAAAAUUUGAUUAGCAGACAUCAUCCCAGCUGGAUUGCAAAUUACCACGAGCACGAGACAUUACUGCAAGAGAAUGAAGACGAGAAACUGUCGAAAGAAGAGCAGGACUUAGCCUGGGAAGUUUACCAAAAAACCCUCGAGUGGGAAGAAGUCCGGCGAAUCUCACCCGACGAGAACGCUGUGGAAAACAUGCUGGGUGCAGAUGUGUCCUUGAUGGGCAUGGCGUGCCAAGUUGAUGAAGGCUGUGGAAUGACAAUGACCAAUGAGACGGGUCGGACCGACCCGACCUGGAACGAGAGGUUGGUGUUCCGGGUCAACAAUCGGACCCUAAGUUCGGAGACAUCGUCUAUGAUUAUCGAGAUCUACGCGCAGGGAUGGCUUCGUGAUACGGUGGUGGGAACGGUGACGGUGCUGCUCAGCAAACUGGUGCCGCCGUCGGUGAGGUCGAGCUGCCGGCGGUUUGUGGCUCUCCAAAUCAGGAGACCUUCGGGCCGACCGCAGGGGAUUCUCAAUAUGGGGGUCUCGCUUCUCGACAACACAAUGCGGAGCAUGCCGAUCGAUUAUCACUUGAUCACAAGGAAUAAUUUGGAUAAUUUCGAUGGGAAGAAGAAGAAGAAGAAGAUUGGGUUACGCAGAUCGCAGACGGAAUUAACUAGAAAACCGGGCAGCGAAAAGAAGCCCGGGGCUGAUUUGAUUUACAAUCAAGUUCAAGGCACAUUGCCCAACGCUCUCAACGGCGGCUCCGUGGUGAAUGGAUCCGUUUGCAAUUCGGACGUGGGGCCGUCCCCAUCUGUGGUGGCGGCGGCUGUGGCGUGGGGACUCUACCCUACGCACCUCGGGCCGCCUCCAAAGCCCGGAAGCUCGGUGCUGGAGGAUUGGGCAGUGGAGGAAAGGAGCACCGAGGGUGGUUUGAAAUCAGAGAUUGAGCGGUGGAAGAUGGAGAUCCCGCAGGCGCACGAUCCGCGGCUCGACGGCGGCAGGAGGAGGAGGAGGAGGAGAACGGCCGACGGCGGUCGAUUGUGCACCUGCUUUGGGAACGCCUACGGUUGUGAGUUAACAAUAGUGUGCGGUGCGAAUAGUAAUCGCCGGAGGAAGAAUCGGCAACAACACACGAGCAGCAAGGGUAGCGUGUCACAAGUAUAG